GGAGCCCGAAGGGGAGUCGGCACAAAAUGGCGGCGGCGGCGGCGGCGGCGGCGGCGGCGGCGAUGGCCGCGACCGGAGUUCCAGGGCCGACGGUCCCCGCGGCCGCAGCCGGCGCCCCGGGCACGGGAAGCGCAGCUCCCGGGUCGCAGGGGAUGCUCAUCGGGGACCGGCUGUACUCCGGGGUGCUCAUCACCUUGGAGAACUGUCUUCUGCCUGACGAUAAGCUCCGCUUCACGCCGUCCAUGUCGAGUGGCCUCGACACCGACACGGAGACAGACCUCCGCGUGGUGGGCUGCGAGCUCAUCCAGGCGGCCGGCAUCCUGCUCCGCCUGCCGCAGGUGGCUAUGGCUACCGGACAGGUGUUGUUCCAGCGGUUCUUCUAUACCAAGUCUUUUGUGAAGCACUCCAUGGAGCAUGUGUCAAUGGCCUGUGUUCACCUGGCCUCUAAAAUAGAAGAGGCUCCAAGAAGGAUACGGGACGUCAUCAAUGUGUUUCAUCGCCUUCGACAUCUAAGAGAGAAAAAGAAACCUGUGCCUCUGCUGUUAGAUCAAGAUUAUGUUAAUUUAAAGAACCAAAUCAUAAAGGCAGAAAGGCGAGUUCUCAAAGAGCUGGGUUUCUGCGUCCACGUGAAGCACCCUCACAAGAUAAUCGUUAUGUACCUUCAGGUGUUAGAAUGUGAGCGUAACCAACACCUGGUCCAGACCUCAUGGAAUUACAUGAAUGACAGCCUUCGCACAGAUGUUUUUGUGAGGUUCCAGCCUGAGAGCAUCGCCUGUGCCUGCAUCUAUCUGGCUGCCCGGACGUUGGAGAUCCCUUUGCCCAAUCGUCCCCAUUGGUUUCUUCUGUUUGGAGCAACUGAAGAGGAAAUUCAAGAAAUCUGCUUAAAAAUCCUGCAGCUUUAUACUCGGAAAAAGGUUGACGUGACACACCUGGAAAGUGAAGUGGAAAAGAGAAAACAUGCCAUUGAGGAGGCGAAGGCACAGGCUAAGGGCCUGCUGCCUGGAGGCACCCAGGCUCUGGAUGGCACCUCAGGCUUCUCGCCUGUCCCCAAGCUGGUGGAGUCCCCCAAAGCGGAAGGCAAAGGGGACAAGGCGUCCCCACUCUCUGUGAAGAGUGCCAAGAGGAAGAUGGAGGCUGCGAAGAGAGCCAAGACCGACAGCCCGGUGAAUGGCUUGCCAAAGGGACGUGGAAGUCGGAGUCGGAGCCGGAGUCGUGAGCAGAGCUUCUCAAGGUCUCCAUCAAGAUCUGCCUCUCCUAAGAGGAGGAAAAGUGACAGUGGUUCCACGUCUGGUGGCUCCAAGUCACAGAGCCGCUCUCGGAGCCGGAGUGAUUCCCCACCAAGACAGGCACACCGAGGCGCUCCCUACAAAGGCCCCAAGGUGAGGAGCUACCGGAAAUCCAAGGACUGCAAGUACUCCGCCCAGAAGCCACAUAAGUCUCGGAGCCAGAGCUCCUCCCGCUCUCGAAGCCACUCACGGGAGCGGGCAGAUAAUUCUGGAAAGUACAAAAAAAAGAGUCAUUAUUACAGAGAUCAACAUCGGGAGCGAUCACGGUCUUAUGAGCGCACAGGCCAUCGUUACGAGCGGGACCACCCUGGGCACAGCAGGCAUCGGAGGUGAGAUGCAGGGGUCCUAGGGGCUGCCCUUUGACCGCCAGCCUGAUGGCCCUGCAGUGUGACUCUUGUAGAAAUGGUUCCUGACUCUGGACCUUGUGAUGAAUUUUGAGAUGGAAUCAAGGCCGGCGAGGUGCCCGUUAGGCCGGCCUGGGCACAGUCACACCGAGCUGGCGCAGGGCCCACCUCAGCAGCAGCCCUGCGGCAGAUGGAUAGGCAGCAGAUGUACAUGUCCCGGUGGUGUGGCUUGGUGCUAAUGAUGGGCUGUCCCUUCACUCCCGUGCCGUUACUCAAUUAUGUUGAGCCAAGGAAAUGACCUUCAGAACCUUUGCCUAUAUUAGGUUGUACUUAUGUACAUAUUUUACAGUGUUUCACAAUGAGAAAAUGGCCUUAAUAGCCCCUUAUUCUCUAUCCGUGUUGUAAAUAAACGUGUUUAAUACAAGUUAAAGCUAUAUAUGAAAACUGAGAACUUGAACUUUGUCAGCUUAAAACUUGUGUAGAGAAUUCUGAUUUUUAAAAUGUGAAGGUAUUUAGAUCUGUGUUGAAAGUCGUAUAUUUUUAUCUGUGAUGCUGAGUGCAGGCCACCAGCUCCUCAAUAGAGAAGUUUCCUAUAUAUGCAUUUUAUGUGGUUAAAUAAACAAUUCUCUCUACUCAGGACAUUUGGAACAUUGAAAGGAUUUGUAGUCUGUCAUUCUGCUUGCUUGUUACCGUGCCCAGCCCGCAGUACCCGUUCUAGUGGUGUCUGCGCUGCCGUCUCUCAUUAAAGUGUUGGCUUUUGUAUUGA